CAUCUGUGCAGUCUGUAUUGAAAAUUGGCAAAUUAAAAAAAAAACUUGACAUUUCUGAUUUGAUUCACAAUUUUUGUUUGCAGUGAAUUUUUACAACAAUCUCUGUGUUUUACUGAACAAAUGUAGGAAUUCGUAGUCCUGGAGACUUUAAAUUACGGUAGUACCUCGAAUAAGACGUCAGGGUGUGCAAAAUUUCAUCAUGACAGAAACACGAAAAUUACAACUUCACCUUGGAAAAUGUAUAGAAGAUUUGGACAAAUUACACAAUGUACCAGAUUUGAAGUCAAAAAGAGCUACUUUGUUAUGCAAAACAGCUCUAAAAUUAUUUGAAAGUGCUGAAGAGUCCCGUGAGAAGGGAGAUGAGGAGUACUCUUACGUUUAUUACAUGAAAUACCUCCGGGUAAUAGCUUAUAUCAGCAAGGACAAGGACUAUCUGAAGGAUAAGACUUAUUACAACAACAUGUUGGGCCCAAAGAACCCAAAUAAGGCUAUAGACCAAGCUGAAAAGCUUAAAAACAGUCUCAUAGACAGGUAUCAGCAGGAACAGAAGGAGAAGCGACUGAAUGAUAUAAAAGAGAAUGAGCUUAUAAAACAAAAGAUAGAUGAGAACAGAAAGAAAAUGGCUGAAGCCGCUCCUAUAAUAGAACCACCACAGCCUCUUGGAUUACCAGGACCCGAUGAAGUGACGAUCAAGAGUGAGAUGUUGUACUCCAUUCUCAAGAAUGGUAGGAUUAAGGUCAUGAUUUUGGAUGCGAGACCGGGGAAGGAUUACAUUGAGUCGCAUAUUAACUAUCCCGCCUGUAUCAGUGUGCCUGAGGAGUGCAUCUCUCCAGGGCAAUCAGCGAACGUACUGGAACAGAACCUGCCGCUAGCGUCGCGGCCCGUGUGGGCGGAGCGCGCCAACAUGGAGCUCAUCGUCAUGCUGGACUGGAACAGCACCGCCGUCAUACCCGGGAAGACUCUACAUCUACUCAAGACUACGCUCCUCAAGUGGGACGUGAAGGUCCAGUACAGCCGGCCCCCGCUGGCGCUGGCGGCGGGCUACGAGGACUGGCUCCUGAAGUACCCCGCCUGCACCACCAACCCGCAGGCCGUGCCGCCCCGACAGGACGACUUCAUGGACGACAUGCUAGGUGAGAUUGACUACCCGAACUGGUCAGAUCUGAGUCCUUCGGCCGCGGCCGCCCCGGCAGCCCCGCGCAAGCCCGGGGAACCGGUCGUAGACAGGAGCAGCAAGGCGGCGGCAGUGCAGAUGUACUCUGAGCGCGCGCGCAACAUGGCGCAAAUACUGGAGCAACAAGAGCGCAUAGCCGACACUUCACUCACGUUGGAGAUGCAGAGGAUCGCGGCUGAGCAUGACUGGGAGAAGGUCCGAGAGCAGCGCGAAGCAGAGAUGCAGGACGAGCUGCGCGCCAUGUACAAGCUCAGGGAACAGGAGAUCAUCUCACAACUCAUGCAGCUUGAGAACAAACAGUACGAUAUGGAACAAGAGAACCAAAGUCUCCGGGAGAAGUUGGAGGAGUACCAGCGGAAGGAGAGGGAAGAGGCCGAGAAAAUGGCGGAGACCAUCAGCGGGGCCCCCGAGGACACUGAAACUGCUGAUGCUGAAGCAGCGCGGGCGCUGUCGGCGGCGCGAGCCCGCAUCGCGGCCGUGACGCAGCAGCGGCGGCAGCUGGACCGCACGCGGGAGGCACUCGAGGUCGCGCGCAAGCGGAGGCUAAUGCAUGCGCGGCACAACAAGCCCGACGCACACCGACCCACGCACGGGGAUGAAGAUGGCGAUUCGUACAUGACGUCGCCGGAUAGUCCGGGAGCCGCCGGCCUUAAUAGAUCGCACUCAUCGCCUAAUAUAGCUAAGGUGUCCUCAGAUGAGGAAGAGACUUGCGUACCAGCCUUCGAUAGGAGCACGAAGCCUACUAAAGUGGCGCCCUCUAGCGACCUACAUCAGAGAGACUUCCAACCUGUUUGGGGAGAUGUGGGUCGAGGGCUAACAGGACUAAAGAACCUGGGCAACACGUGCUACAUGAACUCCAUCAUCCAGUGCCUCAACAACACCGCCAUACUCGUCACCUACUUCUGCAACGGACAGUAUUUGGAACAUGUCAACAGGUCCCACAGCACUCGCGGCGCGAUAGCAGAGGAGCUGGCGGCGGUGGUGCGCGCGCUGUGGUCCGGCCAGUACCGGUUCAUUGCCACCAGGGACCUACGGAACGAGGUGGGCAAGCACCAGCGCGCGUUCCGUGGGUGCGAACAACAGGACUCGCACGAGUUCCUCACCAUCCUCAUGGACUGGCUGCACCUCGACCUGCAGUUCUCCAUCAACGUGCCCCAACACAAGGAGAACCUACCCCCGUCAGAGAAGGCGUGGCACGAGUACACGAAGUCGAAAGAGAGUCUGAUCCUGCGACUGUUCUACGGGCAAAUAAAGUCGACAGUCCGCUGCACCGUCUGCGGCAAGCAGAGCGUCACUUACGAGUCGUUCUCCAACCUCUCGCUGGAACUGCCGGCCAACGCCAACCGCUGCUCACUCAGUGAUUGCCUUAACCUAUACCUGAACGGCGAGACGAUACCAGGCUGGAACUGUCCAAAUUGUAAAGAGAAGCGAGACGCUCUAAAGAAGCUGGACAUAUCUCGGUUACCGCCAGUGCUAGUGAUCCACUUCAAGCGGUUCUACGUGGACCCGAAAGAGUACAUGAGCAACGCGUACCGCAAGAAGCAGACCUACAUAGACUUCCCGCUCGAGGACCUCGACAUGCGCCAGUUCGCCCACUGCAGCAGUCCGCACGCGUACAACCUGUACGCCGUCUCCAACCACUACGGGUCCAUGGAGGGGGGGCACUACACUGCCUACUGCAAGAGCAGUGUCUACGGCAAAUGGUACAAGUACGACGACCACGUGGUGACGGAGAUCCCGUCGAGCGAGGUGAAGUCGAGCGCGGCGUACAUCCUGUUCUACAGCACGCGCGCCUCGUGAUCCGCGCCCCGCCACAAGCGCAAGCACCCCCACGCCGCGCCCCCCGCGCCCCCGCACGCGCCCCCGCGCCGCGCUCGUGGCGCGCCCCCUGCGCCCGAGACAGCCACGCGACAGUAGCCACCGACGCGCUACUCACAUAAAAGACAUUGGGACUCUUACAUUAACGACGAUGCAACGAUUCAGUCAGAAUCCACUGCAAGCGGACACCAAGUCUCUCACUCAUUAUACGUUUUUAUUCUUCUUUCGUUUGCAUAGCGCGUAAUUCACUCAAGUAUGGUUGAUAGAGUAUUUUUUUACAAUACGAAACUCGUUUACAGUGGAUUCUUACUUAGCGAUCCUCUAGGAAGUAUUUAUAUAUUUAUUUAAAUAUUUAAUCUACAAUAAAAAAUUUACAAUUAACCUUAAAAUGUUAGUUGAAGAUAUCAAUUCUGUGAAUACUAGACUUUAUUUAUUCACAGGAUUGGGACCUUUUCAUGAAUAUGUAUGCAAUAUAUCACAUGGUUUUUAUGAAAAACCACAAAAUAAUCUGUUUUAAUAACUCCGAGAAGAUAAUUCAGAACAGCAUUUGUAGUCGGUAUAUGCAAUGCGAUUGAUUCGGAGGUAGCGAGAUAGACCCAAGGUAAGUGAACGUUAUGUACCGUACUGUGAACCAUAUGUCCAUCUCACUCUUGCACUUAUAAAAAAAAGUAUGCGAGUGAGAUAGAUGUAAAGUACGCUACGUAACUUAUAUUUAUCUCGAACUAAAGCUUAUAGUUGUAAAAUAAUUGAUGUAUAAACUAGCCUUGUACAAAUAGCUUUCCAUGUUACGACGACAUAGAGUUAAUAUUUCAUUAAUUUAUUGUAAUAUUUAUAGUUUCUUUUAUGUUAAUGUUGCAGUUUUAUGAUUUUACUAUUUUUCAACUUCUUCUAUAAAGCGACCAAGUCGCUUUACAGUGUCUUCUCUAUUUAUCUUCCUUUCGUCUUUUCAAGUUACAGAAGUGUCAAUAUAUCUUGAUCGGUCUGAAGUUUGUAGUGAGACAAGAAUGUAUUUGUAGCUAAUUUCAGUUCGAUCAGGUUAUAUUGUCGUAUCUGUAAUCAAGGACUGCAACAUAUGAUGCGGCGCACGUACCUUGUACAGUCUCACGCCAGGCAGGGAGCCACGACUAGUGUAGCGGACGACUGUACAUGUGGAUACUGACAUUGAAAUGUCAAUAGAGUGAAUGAUAUUCGUGAAUGAACUUAAUGUUUAUGAAUGAAAGACUGAAAAUGAUUGGUAUUGUACCUAGAUGUAUUCCAUGUUUGUAUUGCACAUUGUGACAUGAUCACUUUAUCAUUUUAACUGGUGACUUAGCAAUUUGGAAACUCAAGUCAAUAUGGACAUUUUAUAUACAUUAUAUAGCGUUUCUAUGUACAUAUAUCUAAUACAAGGACGAGACAGCUGUCGAAUUUACGCCAAUUUAAUUAUUAAGACAAUCUAUUACUGACACUAUGAUGAUCUCAUGCGGAAGGGCCAAUGUUGUAGCAUCCGAUGCGUACUUUGCUAUUUAUAACUUUCAAUACGGCAUUGGAUCAUCUUAUGGAUAAAGUAAUUUGGUAUAAAGUUAAACAUUUAAACAGUCAAUAUAAUAAGCUCUGCCUACCCUUCAAAUACAGAGUACUAAUAAAUAGAGAGAAAUAAAUUAUGUACUCUUAU